CAGAAUCUCACCAUUUCAGCACGGAAGGAAAAUCAGAUCAGAUCAACAUUUAAGGUCUUUAAAUAGAAACACUUAAACAAUGUCACUUUUAUAUCAUGUUUAUAUCCGAAUCUAAUGACAAAAGCUUCAACUCCUCAACAAAAAGAUAAACGGAAGAAAGAGCUUUGAAAAAAACACUGAAGCAUGGACUCAGUGGGAGUGAAUCUGAUAAACACAGCAGCUCUGGGAAGACCCUUCCAGCUCGGCAUGCUGUAUGACUGCAGAAAAGACGAGUUAAUAGCAGGAAUCAGAUUCUGGAAUAAAGGACAGCUGGAGCAGAAUACUUGCUCUCGUCCCCAGAUUAAUACAGAUUUCAGUGUCACAGCUUCAGACUCCAUCAAGGACAAAUCUAACUUACUAAAUAUUGAAGGUGGACUGAACCUGAGUGUCUUAGGUGGACUCGUCCAGGUUAGUGGAGCAGCAAAGUAUCUCAAAGACACCAAGACGUCUUUCAUACAGCAGAGACUGACGCUACAUUAUCAUUCAACCUGCGAGUUUAAAGAACUGACUGUCAAUCAGCUGCCUUCUGAAAAUAUUCCUGAUGAUGAUAAUGACAUAGCCACACAUGUAGUAACAGGAAUACUGUACGGAGCAGAUGCCUGCUUUGUGUUUGACAGACAAGUUUCUUCAGAUGAGGACAAAAGCACAGUAAAAGGAGAAGUAAAAGUGGCUCUAGAGAAACUGCUGGGUGUCAUUUCACUAGAUGCAAACGUUGACCUGAACAUGAAUGACAAAGAGAAAACUGCAGUCAAAGACUUCACUUGUACAUUUUAUGGUGACUUCCAGCUGCCGUCUAACCCGACCACUUUUGAAGAUGCGAUGAAGGUUUUUGCUGAUCUUCCGAAACUGCUGAAAGAAAACCAAGAGCUGGCGGUUCCUCUGAGAGUUUGGCUUUAUCCUCUGGACAAACUUCACUCAAGAGCUUCAAAACUUCAGAAAGACAUCAGCAUGAAUCUAAUCCAAGAAACUGAAUCAGUGGUUGAGAGUUUAAAUACAGCCGAGAUGAAAUGCAGUGAUCUUCUGGAAGACUCUCCUGCUGUGACUUUUGCUGCAUUUCAUGAUAAAAUUCUGCAAAUGAAGCAAAACUGCUACAAGUACAAGUUGAGACUCAUGAAGAAGCUCGGCUCUCUGCUGCCAAACAUCCGCGGAGACGUGAUGAAGGAAACAGCAUUGAAUGAUCUUCUACAAGAACAUGAAGAAUCUCCAUUCAAUGGAAGUGACCUCACAGAAUGGCUGAAAGAGAGAGAAAGAGAGUCUGAGAUCAUUAAAACAGUCCUCAGACAGCUGAAGGAUGCACAGGUGGAAAACAACAUAGAUGUCAUUUUGAUGGAUCUGGAGGUUGGAAAUCUGGUCAGUUACACAUUCACGUCGUUGAACUGCUCAGACAUGAUCCUUCCUAAACAAAAGGUCUAUCUGAGUUCUUCAACAAAAGAAAAUGUAGAGAUAAGCCCUGAUUUCAAGCAAAAGUCUUGGCUCACUGCUGAGAUCCAGAAGACCAUGAGGAGAAACUUGCAGAUAUUUAAGAACCUGAUGAAUUCAAAGGACUGUAAACCAGCAAAGUUUAUUGUGUCCUCAAAGGAAAUUGUGAAUAAUCCUGGUUCCUGCAUUCUUCUGUAUGAAAGUGAAUGUGAUGAAGCUGUUUGCUUUACUCCUCCAUCCAAACCAGUCUGUCCAAUCACUGAAGAGGUCAAAGGUCAGAGUGUGAUUCUGAAGGUGGUUCCUUCAUCAUGUCCUGCGACAGUGGAGCUCAGAUUACUGUAUAAAGCAAAGCAGGACACAGUCUGGACAUCUGAACCUGUGCUGAAGGAUCAAGACACAGUUACUCUGACUGAUCUGAGAGAAGAAACUGAGUAUGAGAUCAGAUGUGCUGCUGCGGGGAAACUCAACUACACCACAGAGAGUGACGUGAUCACGGUCAAGACGGGGAGAAAUAUGAGGAGCAGUGCAGAAAACAGAAGCAGCAAAACGAUGAGAAAACACCACAGCAAUGGAAAGAGCUUAAAUGUUGCACAAAUGAUAAAGAACAAUUGGAGCAAAAUAAUAAAAGAUGGAAACAAUGAAAACCUACCAAUAUUUAAACUCCAGCUGAAGGAAACAUGGCAGAACAGUGAUGGAUUCUGCAGAAGAAGCACCUUUGGAAAAAACACCACAAAACCAAACAAGACCAUUAUGAUGAUCGGAGCCACAGGUUCAGGAAAAACCACUCUAAUUAACAGCAUGAUUAACUACAUUCUGGGAGUGCAAUGGAUAGACGACUUCCGGUUUGUGCUGAUAGAUGAAAGGAAGCAGAAAUCCCAGGCUGAAAGUCAGACAUCACAGAUCACAGCAUAUCAGAUCAAUCACAUGGAUGGUUUCCACACUGAAUAUUCUCUGACUAUUGUGGACACUCCAGGCUUGGGCGACACCAGAGGAAUUUCACAUGACCAGAAAAUCAUAGCACAGAUUCGGGAGUUAUUUUCUGCCCGAGGAGGGAUCGACUGCAUUGAUGCCGUGUGUUUUGUAGUACAGGCUUCACUUGCCCGUCUGACACACACACAGAAAUACAUCUUUGAUUCCAUUCUUUUCAUAUUUGGGAAGGAUAUCGCUGAAAACAUCCUUGUGAUGGUCACUUUUGCAGACGGGAAAACACCUCCUGAGGCCAUCAAAGUCUCUGAGGUGUCCUGUUCUAAAGAUGAAUCUGGAGAACCACUUCACUUCAAGUUCAACAACUCUGCUGUGUUUGCUAGCAAUAAUACAUCUGCAGAGGAUGAUGACUCUGAUUGUGAAAACUUUGAUCAAAUGUUCUGGAAGUUGGGAUUUUCUAGCAUGAAGAAAUUCUUUAUAUCCCUCAACAAGAUGGAAACCAAGAGCUUGUCUCUGACUCGGGAGGUCCUAAAAGAGCGGCAGCAGCUAGAAGUGCUUGUGGAAGGCCUCCAGCCCCAAAUCAAUGCUGGUCUGAUAAAACUAGAUGAAAUCAAGAAGAUAAGAGCUGCUCUGGAGCAGCACAAGGCUGAAAUGGAAGCAAACAAGGAUUUUGAAUAUGAAUUAGAAGUGACUGUCCCAAAACAGAUUGAAAACAAAACAGGCUACUUAACCAACUGCCAGACUUGUCACUUCACAUGUCAUGAUAAAUGCACUAUUACAAACGACAGUGAUAAAUAUAAGUGCCCUGUCAUGAAAAACGGAAAGUGUACGGUCUGUCCAGGAAAGUGUGUUUGGAAUGUGCACUAUAAUCAGAAAUACAAAUGGGAUUAUGUCACAGAAAAGAGACAGGGAACCUAUCAGGAUUUAAAGAAGCGAUUUGAGGCUGCACAUGGACAGAUCAUGUCAAAAGAAAAGAUCUUUGAAGAGCUUGAAAAGGAUCUUAAGGUUGUCCGGGAUAUUGUGACCCGUCUAAUUGUACAAUCUCAAAAGUCCUUGGAGCGGCUGCAGGAAAUUGCUCUCAAACCCAAUCCUCUGUCCACCCCUGACUACAUUGAUCUGAUGAUUGAGUCUGAGAAACAAGAAGCCAAGCCUGGAUUUAAAGAUCGCAUUCAGUCUUUACUGGACCUCAGGAAGAAGGCAGAGAUCCUCAUUAAGGUUUCUACAAGAGACGUGCUUCCAGAGGAUUUGAGACCAUAUACAUCCCAGAAAGAUGAAACUUUUGAUCAAAGCACCUUCUGCAGGAUGCAGGAAGGUUUAAAGAAAUGGUUCAAAUGAAAGAAACAAGUGUUACAAUUUAAAUGACAAUGUCAGCAUAUUUAAAAGUAACAGCUUAGAGCUUUUACCCUUUAUCUUUAAUUUCUAUAGACUUUACAUUUUAUUUUGUGGUAAGAUGAUCUAUAUGCAUUUUUAUGACACAAUAUGUAUUCCCCAAUUGUAAGUCGCUUUGGAUAAAAGCAUCUGCAAAAUGACUAAAUGUAAAAUGUAAAUGUAAACAAUAAGAAAGGCAUAUGGUUUUCAUGCCCAUUCCAUGAUAAAUAUAAUUUUUC